CGCGGGCUCCCCGGGCCGGGCAAGGCGGGGCAGAGCCCGCACCAGAGGCCCAAAGGGGUCCCUUCCGCGCAGCCUCCCCACGCCGCUGGUCCUCGUGCAAGUGCCCUGGCAGCCUCGGCUGGGACGGAGGGGCGGCCUGAGGAGCCCGCGGCGGGCAGCGCGGAAAUUCCUACAGCUCAGGCAUCUAUGUGUUGGAGACUAUGUACAGCAAGUAAGUAAGAGACCAGCCCCACAGAGGCUCAGCCUGUCUAACAGCCUCCCGGAAAAAGACUUUCACAUUCAGUUACUGGAAUAGGGAGACAGAGCCAUGUCUACAGAAGAUGAGGGCUCGACAAAACAACCAGUGGAGCCAGCACCAAAUCAGCGCUGGAAACUCCAAGUAUUUUACCUCUGCUUUUAUGGCUUCAUGACCCAGCUCAGACCUGGAGAGAGCUUCAUCACCCCAUACUUGUUGGGAGCUGAUAAGAAUUUCACAAGGGUAGAGGUGACUAAUGAGAUCACUCCAGUCCUAUCGUAUUCCUACAUGGUUGUGCUGGUGCCCAUCUUCCUGCUGACAGACUAUCUGCGCUACAAGCCGGUGCUGAUGCUCCAGAGUCUGAGCUACAUCUCCAUUUGGCUGAUCCUGAUCUUCGGCACCAGCAUCCUCGCCAUGCAAUUCAUGGAGUUAUUCUAUAGCAUCACCAUGGCAGCCCGCGUGGCCUAUUCUUCUUACAUUUUCUCUCUGGUCACCCCGUCACUCUAUCAGCGCAUGGCUAGCUACUCCAGGUCUGCUGUGUUGAUGGGUGUCUUCACCAGCUCAGUGCUUGGGCAGCUGUGUGUCACGGUUGGUGGUGUGCCCUUCAUUACACUGAACUAUAUCUCCCUGGGCUUCACGGUGUUCGGGCUCUUCAUAACACUGUUCCUGGAGCGGCCUAGGCGGAGUCUCUUCUUCAACAGGGCUGAGCCAGUGUGCAAUGGCACUUCUCCUUCGGAGCUGGACAAGAUGCACCCAGAUAACUACAAGCACACCACAUGCCUGCCUUCCCGCUGGCGUGAUGCUGCCCUCUGCCGCAUGCUGCGGGAGCUGAGGACCAUUGUCCGGCAGCCCCAGCUGCGGCUUUGGUCAUUCUGGUGGAUAUUCAACUCUGCCGGCUACUACCUGAUGCUGUAUUACGUGCAGAUUUUGUGGGAGGUUGUUUAUCCAGCCAAAGAUAACCGGAAAGUCUACAAUGGCGGGGUGGAUGCUGCCUCAACAUUACUUGGUGCCAUUGCAUCCUUUGCUGCUGGCUUUGUGAAGAUCCGCUGGAAGCUGUGGUCGGAGCUGGUGAUUGGGACUGUGACAGCAGUCCAGGCAGGGCUUCUUCUGCUGAUGACCUCCACCAGUAACAUCUGGCUGUGCUAUGUAGCAUAUGUGCUGUUCAGGGGCUCCUAUCAGUUCCUGGUUCCCUUAGCAAUAUCCCAGAUUGCCACCUCCCUCUCCAAGGAGCUCUGUGCCCUUGUGUUUGGCAUCAACACCUUCUUUGCCACCAUUCUGAAGACCAUUAUAACCAUUAUCAUAGCAGACAAGAGAGGCCUGGGCCUGUCCGUGCAUCCUCAGUUCUAUGUGUACUUUGCCUACUUCACGCUGCUGGCAGUGCUGUACCUAACAGCAGCAGUGUAUGUGAGCAUCCAGCACAGAUGGUGCAAGAAGCCCCAGGAGCCAGCAUUGGCUAAGGAGCUAUGCAAGCCUCUGGAUGAGGUGCCAGUGAAGGAGAAGACCUCAGAUCUGAGCAGCGUGGAAGCCUGAGAGAACAAAAGGGGAGGGGCCUGCCUGUAUGUGCCCUGCCCUAACUGUUGCCCCAGGGAACCAUGUGGGCCCCACCAAGAUCUUUGUCUUCCUCUGAACAUCAGCACCCAGCAGGAACAUGAGGACCAGAGAGGCCUGGGUGAUCGUGAAUGCCCUGCAUAGGCUGCACCUGCACAGAGCCCACAGCCUGAUCACCAUGGGCUGUCUCCAGGGCUGCCUGCAUUUGCUCCACACCUCAGUGCUGGCUGACACUGCUGUACAGAGUGAAGGUUUAAAAACAGCUGUUGGUAACAGAGCUGUUUCCAACUGAACCAGCUGGGCUGCCCAGAGCUGGUUCAGGCAACCGCCUGCUGGGUAGAGGGAGCUUUCCUGAUUUUUGCACCAGUGGACAGACAGACACGCAUGCAGCGUCUCCCCCUCCCUGUCACAUGCUGCUCAUUCAGUGUGAUCAGCCCCACACCCCCAGAUGAUUAUUUCAGUUUCAGCCAGUGCUGUUUUGUUGGAAUGACACCGGCACAGGGAUUUACUAUAAGCCUUAAGCAGUCAUGCUCACAAGCUCCUCUCCCCAGCACCACAAGUGCUAGAAACGCUUCUUUUUUUACUUUUCCCUUAACAUGUAUAAAUCCCCUGGGCUGCCUUAGCCUGAUCCAAGUGCUAGAGGGCAAGAGGGGCCUAUAGCCACACAUCACCUGGGGUGAGAAUUGCAGUAAAGUGGCAAGUUGCCCUUGCAGGCCUGGCUGUUUUUGUAGGUAGCUGGUGGUGUGAGUGCACACGAGUGCUGAGGGCUGGUGUCUUGCUGGAAAGGCAGCACUGACCCAGACCCUCCCAUUGCUGGCUGCUCUGUGGUGUGAGUGCAAGAGCCUGGUGCUGUUUGUUGAACCUGGUCAGAAUGAGGGGCUCACAAGGCCCUGUGAUCCCAGGUUGGCCCUGGCCAGGUAUGGGAUUGUUGGACAGGCACAAUCCUUUCCACCUGUGUGAGUAGCUGCUGUAAUUAAUCCCUUUGCGCAGGGGUUGGCAAUCUUUUUCUCUGAGUCAGAGCUUGCAACCUGGCCCCAUGCUGUGGGCUGCAGAUCUGAUUUUUCCCUCUGUCCUUACCUUGCUGCAGAUACCCAGCCCCUCUGUAGGGAGGGUAAGCAGAUAUGAAGGCAUGUGAGAGCAGCAGGGAGAGCUACAGAAGGGAAUGUGUUAGACUUUUGCAGGCUGGAUCUGGUGCAUAAGCCACUAGGUUCUGGUCCAGGAGCUCAUAGUUUUUCCUUCCUGGUCUGUCUCUUUAGGUAAGACUGAGAGGCAGUGCCACCUUGAGUGUGGUACAGCUCUUUAUGUCACAAAGAGACUAGAGUCUCUUGGUUGGCUUCCCAUGCCCCCUUCCCCAAGCCCCAAUUCAAGCCCCAGGCAGGAAAGCCCUUGCAGUCAAAUUGCAUAAAGUGACUUGGAGACCCCCCAGGCGGGAGAUCCUGAGAUGCCAGGACCCCACUGUAGCAAGGGGAACUCUAUCAGCCCUGGGCCUACCCCCAUUUAUAUCCUUAGCGGAGGGGAGGUGUCACCCCACCCAGGGUCCAUCCACAACUAUGAGAGAUGGUGUGGUACCAACAGCAAUUUCAGUGUACACAGAGUAAAAGAGGAUACUUUCCUUUAUUCAGUGCCUUUAGAAAAUGGUUUAUAGAACACAACUGACAAAAAUAUAAAGAUCCACAGGCUUUAAAUUGCAUUAAUUACAUAAAAUACAGUAGACAAUGAGAAAUAGAAAUUGUGUGACUUGCACAACUUUUAUGGUAAUAAUUUCAAUACAAUAAUAAAAAGCUAGUUAAAAAUUUA